AUGUCAUCACCUUUUUUCUUAGGAGACUUUGCAUCACAAUCGAGAAAUAGAGCUCUAGGCCCUUCUUUGCGUGGACUAAGUACAGCUGCUCGCAACAACAACCCUCAACGUUGGUCAAGCCAGAAAACGAUAAAAGAGGAAAUAUUGUUGUUUUAUGCAAGACAGUCUGAAGGCAUUCCACAUAUACCUGAUUAUCUUACAAAUACAGUAUACGAUCGUCUAGUCAAGAAACAGUACGUUCUGUUCAACAAAAAGAAUGACUACAAAUACGAAGCUCGAAAAGAUUUGGUGGAACCGACUAAUGUAGCCCAUAAAAACAUGCCACUUAAUAGUUUGAGACAGCACUCAUUAGAUGAAAGAAGCGGAAUGUCGUUUUAUGAACAUACUCCAACAUCAAGUAAUAAUAAUGCAGGGAAAAAGGUCCCAACUGUUCAAGAAUAUGCAGCCCUGAGCGCUUUGUUAAAUCGGAACAGUUACGACUUUAAUUUGCUUAUUCAAGAUUUGCGCUUACCUAGUGCUUGGGAUGUUCGACCAAAGUGCGAUUUUAUAGGAGUCAAUUCAGAUAAUCUUGAAUUAACAUAUACAGGCGAUGGAAAGGAUGGGACGGAAGUAGCUUCGGUUAGGGCAAAUCACGCCAUGAAGAAACAAUGUGGAAUAUACUACUUUGAAAUCCAAGUGAUUUCAAAAGGGAUUGAUGGGCAUAUUGGGAUUGGAUUUUGUAGAAACAUCAAUAGCCUAAACCGUUUUCCAGGAUGGGAAGAACACUCGUGGGGAUAUCAUGCAGAAAAUGGAAAGGUCUACUCAGGACCAGGUACCGAAAAGUCUUAUGGACCAUCCUAUGGCACAGGAGAUAUUAUCGGAUGCGGUGUAGACUUCAGAGACAUGUCCGCGUUUUAUACAAUAAAUGGUAUCUAUCUGGGAAUUGCAUUUGACGAUAUUUAUGAAACCGACAUUUACCCAUUUGUCGGUUUCAAAACCGCAGGCGAAAAAAUCGAGGCCAACUUUGGCACAAAACCAUUUUUGUACGAUAUAAAACAACACAGAGCAAAUGAAAAAAGGGAGUUGCUAAAGGACGUCACAAAGCAAUCUAUUGAACCGGUAGUGUCUCGUUUUCCCGUCAUCAAUGCGUUUGUAGAGAGUGAUCAUGCUGAUAAAGUAGUCAUGGAAUAUUUAAGACAUCAUGGGUUUUUAAAAUCUGCCGCUGCUUUAGAAGGUGAAAUGAAGCUAAAAUCCGACGAGUUGCCUGAUGUAGAUACCGAAAUGAUUAAUAGACAAGGUAAUAUAAUUUAUAGGUUAGGAUAA